AUGAGCGGACAUUGCGCUCGAGGGCUGCGGAACGCCAGCUGCGCGAUCCUUGCCGCUUUCUUUCUUGUUCAGCGGCCAGAUGGCGGAGACGCAGCUUUCAAUGACCUCACAGGCAGCAUGGUUGACGAUCCACUGAGACAGACAGCCCCCCCCCAAGCUGCAGCACCACUGCCUCCCCCAACGUUUCCGCAGGAAUCGUAUGGCCAGGAUGUUCAGCGUACACCCAAAGAAGCAGAAGGAGGAGCAGCAACGGCGUCACCACCAGCAACAGUUAGUCAGGGCUUGCCUUCACGGCCUGGGCCUCUCGGAUAUUUCUCCCCCCCCGUACAGCCCUUUGCAGGGGCCCCCAACCCUGCAAUUACGUUGCCACCGCUCCAACCGCACCCUUCUUCAGUAGCAGCAGCAGCGGGUCCAGGAUUUGCAUCUGGCUUUCCUUCGUUCUCUGUAGGCAUUCCGAGCCGUCUAACUGUCCAUACGCCUGAGGCAGGCGACGUAACAACAGCACCGCCUGUGUCGGACACAAGCGUUCCAGUGGGCUUUUAUUCGAGUGCCAACGGGGUAUACAAGGUCCCCCGUUUCCCGUCGAGCGUUAAUUCAGUGAGCGAGCCGAGCGAGGAAGCCAUAAGAAGUUGCAUCUUGCGAGUGCCUGCUUCGAAGAUGACGAACGGAUUCAGCGAUACCUUGAAGUCUGGGGGCGUCAACAUCAUGGGCAAUGCUUCUGCCCAGCUGUUGCGCAUCAUUGCCACCAGCUCGCCACGUUACACCUCAAAGUUGAGUGCGCCGGUGGUGUUGUUCCAGCGAGCUAUGGGAACUCGGAUCAGCUACGAGAUGAAGGUGGCUGUGCCACGAGGGUGCGUGUUGCUCCCUUCCGACCCCAGUUUGGUGGGCUUCAUAAGGAGAGAUGGUAAUUAUGUGGUGGAGGCUGCCGUAAGACUAUUGCCAGAUAUUCUGGCGGAGUACACCUCGUCUGUGGCUGCAGUGCCAGCGGACCUCGUGGCAUUUGCUGCCGCUCUGCCGCCCGACUCGAACUUCCAGCCGGCAGGACACUGCGUGUUCGUGGCCCACUUCACCACCACACCCGAGAACAUACGACUCGCAGCGUCUUAUACGCAAGUGAGAGUGGAAGGAGACACUGCGAUGGGUACUGAGACGCUGCAGCUUGAGAUCCCUCUCAUGUGCCUGCCGCAGUCGCUACACCGCACUGCCAUGUGGGCUACGAAACUCCACAACGGAACGGCAGUGAUCGUCGCCUUCAGCCCCCCACCAAAGCCCGAACCCGAGUGGUUCGUCGUACGUACCUCGGGUGACGAAGCUGCGUUGCAGCGGUUGGUGGGAGUACGGCCCUGA